AUGUCUUCAGAAUGCUGCAAAACAGGCUUCAACUGGACCGCCACACCCACAGGCACAGAAACCACAAUCACCGCCUCCCUCACCACCCCGUCCUCGACAAUAAACACCUACGUGACGGGGUCCUCCAAGACCGCCGCCCUCCUCAUGAUCCACGACAUCUUUGGUUGGACCUUUUCCAACUUGCGCAUCUUGGCUGAUCAGUUUGCCGAGGAACUGGGCGUUACUGUUUUUUUGCCUGAUUUUUUCGACGGCGAGGUUGUCGAUCCCAGCACGCUCGAAGACCCGGUUAAAAGGGAGAAAUUCAAUAUCCCAGAAUUCAUAGGCCGGAAUUCAAAAGAGAUUCGGUUUCCGGCCAUGGAGGCCGUCGCUCGCAAGCUCAAGCAGGAUUACGGGAAAGUGGCCACAAUAGGCUACUGCUACGGCGCAUGGGCGUGCCUCCAACUCUCCGCCCUCACCACCUCUCCUACUUCAACUUCACCGACUCCACUCAUCGCAGCAACAUCCAUCGCGCACCCCUCCCUCCUCACCCCCGCCGAACUCGACGCCGUCCGCUCCCCGCUGCAAAUCAUCGCCCCCGAGCACGACCCAGCCUUCACGCCUGACCUCAAGAAAUACGCAAACGAAGUCGUGCCGACGCUCGGCGUGGCGUACGAAUAUAUUUAUUUCCCGGGGUUGACGCAUGGGUUUGCUGCCAAGGGGGAUCGCGGGGACGAGGCGCAGAGGAAAGGGCUGGAGAAGGCGAGGAGGGAUGCUGUGGGGUUUUUGGGGGAGUUUUUGUAG